AUGGCAUCCUCCUUCGCUCCAUUUACUCUCAGCCCGUUCGACCAUCAAUUCGCAGAUGCCUACAUCUCCUUUCUCAUAUCAUUCGCGCCCAAGGAGCCAUCAAGCUGUGCAGCUAUCUUGGAGUCUGCAGCCAGGUCCCUCGUUGAACGGUUUCCCUUUUUAGCAGGGGAAAUCGUCACUCACCCCCACCUCGAUGGAAAAGACAAUGUCGCACGGAUUCAGCCGAUACAAAGCAACACAGAUCCCAUCCAGCUUCUUCGAUUUCGCCACUUCGACGCCUCGAUUGCGUCUGUCCCUCUGCUGUCUCAGGCCCUCUGUCCGUUGCCAGUGAUGAUUCCCCCCGACCAAAGACGGCCUCCUGUGGCUUUUCAAGCAAACAUCUUCACCGACGGGGUAGUUCUCGGGGUAAACUUUACGCAUCUCGUUUUCGAUGCGACUGGCGUCGGGAAAAUCCUCGAGGCGCUGGCUGAAUACUGCAACUCCCCGGCUGUCACCUGCACGCCAUCCAAACCAGACCAUCCAAAGCGGAUCACCGCCAUCUUCAUGAACCCACCCGAUCCGAACAGCACAGCCAGUCUGCCGGGUGGGAUUGAUUACCUGCAGGGGCCGCUCGGUGUGCCCCGAGAGCAAAUUCCCCUUGAACAAACGUUCGCGGCACCCUCCUCCCUGAGCACGCGUCGGUUGACCUUUUCCGCGGCGAACGUCCUCCGUCUGCAGGAAGAAUGCAACCGAUUGUUACAGAGCCAAGGGUCUCCGGACAAGCCCCCCUCCGUAUCGCGCAAUGACGUGUUAUCCUGCCUUCUCGGGCUUUGCAUCCAAAAGGUUCGAGGCAAGACAGCGCAGCCCGGCACAAAGCAAGACCCCCUUGAACUCGCCAUCGGCGUGAACAUGCGGCCCCGGCUGGCCUCCUCCAUCGCAGCAGACUACAUGGGCAACAUGGCAAUGCCCCUAAUCCUAACCACAGACAUCAACCAUGCCGCCCUGGACACCCCCCAGCCAAACCUACCACUACUCACCCAGCUCGCUCUGCGAAUGCGUGAAAAGCUCCAAUCCUACGAGAGUCGCUUCUUCAACAGGGUCAUGUCCCUUGCACGGAAGCAGAGCGAUUGGAGCCGCUCGCAGAUCAGAUUCACAAAGACCACCGUGACCAGCUGGCGGCACUUGAACAUUUACAGCCUGGAUUUUGGUGCAGCCCUCGGUCCGGUGACGAAUUUUGAUACUCCGUUUGCCUUUUUUGGGGGGUGGUCUGUUGUUCUGCCGAGGUAUUCGAGUGAGGGUGAGAAAGAGGCACGAUGGGAUGUGGAUCUGACGCUUGAAUCGGACCUUCUUGAGCUGCUGGUCGAGGAUGAUUGGCUUUCGGGGGUUUUGGAGUUGUGA